CGUUACUUGUAUAGCGUAAGCAUCAGGCAUCCGAGAUCUGGGGUAGCUCUACGCAUAACUAUCUUCACACUCACAGAGAACAGCCGCAGAUAUACAGCACGGGACACGGAUUAUCUUCAAAGCAUUCGAUAGACUGCGGUCCAGGUUCUGAGACGCGAAUUCUUGCCCACUCAGCUGCGAUCUGCUGGCUGGGCAACAUACCCAAAGGGGGAUCUUGACAACAUGCGGCAAAGGAUCACCUUCAUCCACAAGCCCGAGCAGGGCAUAGACGUCCAGGAACUUCAGAUAGCUGGGUAUAGUCUUGGCGGACCGGAAUUCCUCGCUGCUCGCGAAGACCGCAUCACACUCGCACUUGACGAGCUGCCGGCUGAGCUCUCGGACGUCCUCCAGAGCUGCCAUGAGCUGCAUGUGAGAUGGGUCAGCCCUUUGGCCUAUGAGACAGUGGCACCGCUUCUUUCCAGGCUGUCACCGGGAUUUCAUUUAUUCUACACGCCGGGGAAAACGCGAGGGGAAGUCGAAGAUGGGCCAGAUACUGCUAUGCUCUGUCAGGCAUUGAGCAAGAGUUUUGGUAUCCAGAUCUGCUCAUCUUCCAGAGCUUUCGCCAGGCUACCGAAUGAUCGCUUUUCUCAUUCGGCAGCCUUGUAUUUCUAUGAGCCUCGUGAAAACCUCAACUCCCUGGUUGACUACCUCAGCACCCGCAUCUGUGCGACUUUGGGUGGUCACGGUGAUUCUGCAGUCUCUCAUUGCAGGGAACGAGCCGAAAGGUUACGAGACGCCGCCUCCUUAGACAUAUCCUACGAUACCAUCUCCCAUGCCCUCAAGGUAACAGCCCAAUGGCCCAAGAAACGCCAAUCAGUCUCUGUUUCGUCGUUACCAGGUCACCGGACCGAGGUCGGAAUCUUGGGCGAGGACCCGUCGGUGCGCACCGAGGCGGAGGAAGUCGGCAUCUCGGGGGCCCUGACCGUGCUGGGCGACCAGAAGACGCCAUCCCCCGUCAUGUUCGCCGUGCCAUCGCGCCACAGGGUCUCAGGGGCGUCCUUCUCGUCAGCCUUUGUCUCUCCGACAGGUCUGCACCCCACGCUGCGGCUCCGAAUCAGCUCGGGACAACGGCCGAGGGAGGACGCGAGCUGCGCCCUCCAUGCCUACUUCACCUUGCCCAAAAGCAUCUUCCCGGACCGGUACCAGCUCUCGGACGAGUUGUUCCUCCGGUCGAAGAACCUGACGGCUCUCCGGUACGCGAGCUCGCCCAUCGACCUCGAGGCGCCCGCCUACGCUACCGAGACGUGGGGGUCCAGUAUCCUCCUGGAGCUCACACCCCCGACGUCGGGAGAGAAGGAGGACGAGGCUUCGGGCCCGUGGACGGCCGAGGUGCCGCUUCAUCUGCGGUAUCUGGCGCCCAACUCGGACGGAUACGCUGAGGUCGAGGCGCCCUACCCCGCUGUUUUCUGGGCGUGCCCGGCUGAGGAGGGGACCAAGUUCCCCAACAACCCUUUUGACCGGGUUCACCUUGGGUACGACGCGCUUUUCGGGCCGCGGACGGCGUUUUGGCAUGUUGAGCCGCGGGCGGAGGAUGCGGGCGGCAGCGGCGGCAGGCUAAUGAGUCCGAUCCGGGUGCCUGUGCUGGAUGAGGACGAUGCUUCCUGGGUGAGAGCUGGCACGGCGGCUGCGGUCGUUGUGGGAUUUGCAUGGGUGUUGUGGACGUUGGUGGCGGCGUAUAUGAAAUCUGGGUACGGCAGAGAGAAGGAGUCGAGGGAGGCGAAGAAGAAGCAGUAA